UGAUUGUCUAGACCUGAAAUUUUCUCUCAUAGAUAAUGUUCUAACAACUUCUAUUACUUUCAAUUGGACCACUCAACAACAAGGGUAUUGGGAGAAUGUCUUCUUCCAUCAUCAGUAAAGGAAAGAACAACUAGACUACUAGUCUUACCAAAUAUAGUAACACCAUUUCUUAACACAGCUGCAACCAGUUAAUUGGCCUUACCAAAAUGCAAAUGUCCUUUGUAUGCUUAUUGUGCUUUUCCUGAUUAAUUUUGUCUAUCAGAAAUACUUAAACUGUUGUGAUUUACGUUAAAUCUGGAACAUAGAAAAGUUCCAGCAUCCCUACAAAAGCUAGAGGGGGUGAUGAUCAAUUCAUGAGUCACAAAGUUGACAGAAAGAUGCAGAAGGCUUGGUUGUAUGAGGAAUAUGGUCCUUGUGAAGUCCUCAAGGUGGGAGACUUCCCUCUCCCUACUCCCCAGCAUAACCAACUACUUGUCCAUGUUCGUGCAGCUGCUCUGAAUCCAAUUGAUUCCAAGAGGCGCCAACGACCCAUCUUCCCCUCAGACUUCCCUGUGAUUCCUGGCUGUGAUAUGGCUGGGGUUGUAGUGGGUAAAGGCAGUGGUGUCACAAAAUUUGAUGUAGGUGAUGAAGUUUAUGGCAACAUCCAGGAUUUCAAUGCAAAAGGACAGUUGAAGCAGCUAGGUACACUGGCACAGUAUAUAGCUGUGGAGGAGUCAUUGGUUGCACUGAAGCCCACAAAUCUGUCAUUUGAAGAGGCAGCAAGCUUGCCAUUGGCAGUUCAAACAGCCAUAGAAGGCUUCAUAGCUGCUGGUUUCAAAGAGGGACAGACUGUUUUCAUAGUUGGUGGAGCUGGUGGUGUUGGAACCUUGGUUGUUCAACUGGCCAAAUACUACUAUGGUGCUUCUUUGGUGGCAGCAACAACAAGCACUCCAAAGGUGGAUUUUGUGAAGAGCUUGGGUGCUGACAUAGUCAUUGACUAUACAAAGACAAAAUAUGAAGACAUUCAGGAAAAAUACGAUUUCCUUUACGAUACAAUCGGUGACACCAAAAAUUCCUUUGUGGUAGCGAAGGAUGAUGCACCAAUCAUCGAUAUAACAUGGCCUCCAUUUCACCCCAGAGCAGUAUAUUCAAGCUUGACUGUCUGUGGAGACAACCUAGAGAAGCUUAGGCCAUACCUAGAGAGUGGAAAGAUUAAACCUGUGAUUGAUCCCACUGGCCCCUACAGUUUUAUGGAAGUGAUCAAAGCUUUCCAAUAUCUAGAAACUGGGAGAGCCAGAGGAAAGGUAGUCAUCUCUCCAUUCCCUACGUGAACUUGUCCUCCCCUGUUCCAUGUGACCGUGAGAGCAACAACAAUAUAGCAACUGAAAUGGUUCCUCAAAAGAUGUUAAUUCAUUGAUUGACAAGCUGUGGACUUGAUAAAAGUCAAUAUCUAGGGCGGAUAGAUUAAAAAAAAUGAUAUAGAUGGAGAGAAUGAAGGAAUUAGUUAAGGUUGUGUAAGUAGCAUAGACAAGAGUGAACAAUAGCAAAAUUGUGGUUGUGGUAUUUUCACAAGCAGUUUGUGACUUCUCUAUGUGAAGUUGCCCCUAUUGUAAGGUACUGGUUCUGCUAUAGUAAUGAAGCCUGUGUAUCUUAUUACA